GGAAUAUUGAAUACACUCUAACAGCGCUGCUAUAUUCUUCGAUAAGACAAUUAAAGAAUCGAACAAACAAGCAGUGAUCACCGGAAGCGGCUUCUGUGAGAAUGUUCGGACGCCCGCGUCUAAAGAAACAAUUCUGUCGGGCGCACCCGAACCGGAAGUGCGAGUUUUUCUGUCGGGACCACCAUGCGCUCAUUUGCAGCUUGUGUUUGAAGGAGAAACACCGUGACUGCAGCGUUGCCGACGAUCAUGAGUUCAAGAAUUACUACGCUAAGAAAAUUAAAGACGUGCGCUUGCUGUUAGACGCAGACAGAGGAGACCUGGUCGCUCAGACGUCCGCCAUUAUAGCCGCCCUCGAUGCCGGAAUAGGUCGCCUCGAAAAGUUCAAGAAAGACGUUGACGUUGUGGUUGACCGGCUUGAGGAUAUGAAAGACGACGUAGGUGGACACAGACAGGACCUGCAACGGACGUCGGACACUCUCGGUGAGAUAGAAAGACAGCUGGUAAAUGCGUAUGAUCUGCGGACGUGUCAGCAGUGUUACGCCGACGUUGAUCUGGAGAAGGCGCGCUUCCAGCGGAAAGAACGUAAAAUUGUGCAGGUGCCUUCGCGCCUGAACGAGGAAGUUGACGCUACAAUGAACGCCCUUCAGCGGCGCCUUAAGUCCAUCCGGAACGGCGUCGGUUCCCAGCUCAGUUCUACGAAGCUCGUGCGUGGCAACUCCCGCUCCUUCCGGGAGCCCGCGGGCGCCUCAUCCCUCUUCCCUUACAUGGACGUCGAGCACCGCGUGACCCUCAAGCGACCAAAGGACCACACUCGUAACGAUGGUCGUCUGGCGAAAUGGCCGGAUAUGACGGAUGUCCGGUUUGACCAGCGGUUUCACUCCCGACGGAACCAGAUGCCGCGCCUGCCAACAUUGCACUGACUAAAUUUAAUAUAAAUGCAUCGAGAAUAAGUGUCAUGUGUAAUGUAAAAUAAUUGCUUGUUACAUCAAAAGACGUUUUUAAAACGUAGAUCACUAAUACAAAGUUGUACUUUAACGUUAAUUAUUUGCAUUAAAAAUCGAAAAAAUGGCACAGACAUGCAAUGUCUGAGAGUCCCUUUAAAAACAGACUUCUAUUGUUCAUGUUAUUCAUUAUUUAUUAAACUUUUAUUCUCAUGUUUGUUUUAAAGUAUGUUGUAUUUUUUUACCUGUUCAUGAGUUUUCUGUUCUUGAUUAGUAUUAAUAAAGUUAUGUGUUGUACAGUCCUUGAUUAUUUACGGAAUUUAAGUAGUAUGUUUGAACCUUUGAAGCCUGCCAAAUAAAUGU